UUUUGAAGCAGUUCACAUUUCCCGCUCAGUCGCUGUAUAUAAACAAACAAUUUCUUCGCUUUCACAAAUCAAUACAUUUUCUCAUAUCAUUUGUCUCGUCUAUUGUAACCCUAGGAAAUUCAUCAUGGAGGAUUCCCCUAAAGAUCGAUCCUCUGUUUCUGAAAAGGCUAAGCAAUCAUCAUCAAAGCUUCUGCGGUAUCCGUUGCGAUCGGCUUCUAAAUCGAAGGAGGAGAAGCCGCCUCUGUCCAACUCUUCGGCUUCUGCAAGGAGAAGACCUGCAUCAAGUGUCAGUAAGAGUGUUGCUGCUCUUCCUCUCUCUGGGAAGGAAAAAUUGGCGAAGCCUCCAAGAAGGCUGUCUGUUCCCCCCAAGUCAAUCGCCAGCCCGGCUUCUAGACCACUUGGCACCAAAACUCCCAUUUCUGAGACUAGAGCAAAGAGAUCUUCUACUAACGAAGGGAAAUCGGAUUUAUCAAAUGUUUCAAAGACCUCGAAUAGAAAGAAAUAUGACCUUAUAUCCUCAGCUUCCUAUUGGCUAUCACAGAUUAAGCUUUCUGAAUCUGCUGCUAAGCAUUCAAUUUCCCUUGGCUUUUUCAAACUUGCUUUAGAAUCUGGCUCUGAGCCUCUUCAACGUCUGAGAGAUGAGCUGAAAUCUUAUGUGAAAAGGCAUACCCUUGCUGAACUCGAGGAGCCUGUGAAACAACUGUUUGACAGCUAUAAUAUUCAACAAAACUCUGAGCAGCUGCAAGUUUCUGAGACUUGUUCUCAUGUGCCUAAAGAUGAGACACGUUCAUUGGAUGUUGACGUACAUAGCUCUUCCUCUAUCGCAAGCACUGAUAGACUGCAACCCAAAGUCUUGAACAAAGAGACUACUAAAACUGAACAAGUGAAAGAACCAACCAAGCAGAAGCCUUCAAAGAAUGGAAGCACUCCUAGAACCAGGAAUUCUGUAACCAAAAUUGUUGCAACUGCGAAACCUGUAUCACAAAAGGCUGGAGGGUGUGUCACGAAAGAGAAACUUCAAAAGCCCAUUAAACCAGAACCAAAUAAGGAUAAGGUGAAAAGACAGGGAAAAAGAACUGCUCAAGAAGAAGGGCCUGUUAAUGCUUGCAUUUCAGAGAAUGUCCUUGAAGAAGACAAAGAAAAUGUGGAUACUGCACAAACAGAAGUGAUUAGCACCUGAAGAUUUUUGGCAGGAAGCAUUUCUAAUUUAAAUUAUAUCAGAGGCCAAGGUGGAAGUGUUUGAAUCCGUAGUGUGCAUUCCAAUACUGGAUUUGGGUGUUUUAUUUAGUUUUUUAUUCUUCAUGUGGAAUUUUUUUUUUACCGAAGCCAUUAUACAGACGUCUAGUCUAUUUGUUCGUAUUGGAAUUCUUGCAAGACGUACAGUGUGUUAUUUUUAUUCAACAGCCUUUGCUCUUGCAGUUUGAAUACUACUAUAUUGGAAGUAAUUAUACUUGUGGCA